AUGAGACCACGUGGCGUAGCCCUGCGCUCAUUCUCCACCUCAAAUGUCGCCCGCGCACAUACGUCGAACAUCGGAAAACAGCCCAUCAAGUUCCCGCCCACCGUCUCACUCACCCCUUCUCCAAACGGUACUUCCCUCCAUGUCCAAGGCCCGUUGGGCAGCACUUCCGUCCCUCUCACUCCUUACAUGUCCAUCGAGUUUCCUUCCCCGGAUGUCCUUGCGCUAGGCGUCGAGAACGCAGAGGAGAAGAAACAGCGCUCAAUGUGGGGGCUCACGCGCACGCUCAUCAACAACGCGGUCAUCGGCAUGACGGAGGGCUUCUCCGUCCCCUUAUACCUCGUCGGCGUCGGUUACCGCGCUACUCUCGAGGAAGACCCAAGAGGAAAGGAGGAUGGCAGGAGCGGAAUGCGGCUGAACAUGAAGCUGGGGUACAGUCACUCGGUCUUUGUCCCGGUGCCUGCUCACAUCAAGGCGGAGGUUCCGUACGCGACGAAGAUCCUGCUCAGCUGCACGGACAAGCAUCUGUUGGGCUUGUUUGCCGCACAGGUGCGGAAAUGGCGACCACCAGAGCCGUACAAGGGCAAGGGUAUCUUUGUCGGAGACGAGACGAUUAGAAUCAAAGCUGUCAAAAAGAAGUAA